UGCCCUUUGGGGACUCGAGAGCAGCUGCAGCGGGCUCGGAAAGUACCAGCCCGCAGCUUUGGGUUGGGCUGUCUUGGCUCGUGGCAAUCGACGCUGCCGGUGACUGGCUGAAACGGCUUCAUUCUUUCAUUCAGCCCCGAAAGAGAGUAAGGAAAAGCAGCACCAGCCGCGGCCGUCGCCUCCACUCUCACCGUAACGCCAGACAAUUUGCUUCGCCAGUUUGCUGAGGGAGGCGGCAGGUCAGAGAGGCACCACGCCUCCCUCUCACCCCCCUCCCGCUUUCUCUCCCCGCCCCUCCCAGCUGCCCGGUGUGUGUGGCGCAGAGCCGGGCUUCGGAACAAACGAGCGUCUGGAGGCACGACAGCACCGCCGCGAGUCGGAGCCGAGGCUUGGCUGAGCUGACUGAGAAGGAAACUCGACCGUCCCCAUCCCAGCCCCUGGGCAGGAAAGUGUGAGGAGAAGGGGAAAAGAAAGCAAGCGGGGCUAUACAACAGAAUACUCCAAAAUGAUUAUAAAGAUGAAGAUCUCUGAACCAUUUCUCUAUCUUGGAAUCUACAUUUUACAGGAAUAUAUUUAAUUCUCAAGAGGAAUCUACUUUCUCACAUACUUCAGUGUCUUUACUUGUGAUGAAAUCCAAGGACAAUGAGCUUAUUUUGUUUUUUGUGUCUCUUCACUCUGUACAGUGAAAUCCCAUUCUCAUUUUGUUCAAUGGGAAAAACCUGAGCUAGUUCUUUAGGCUUUUUAAGGGGAUAAAAAUAAUAUUCUGUAUGUCCAGAUCAGGUAUAACACUACCAUAUCAGUUUCAGUAGUUGCUACCUAUUUUGAUUAGUAAUUUUUUAAAAACAACCUGAUCACUCAAGAAUACUUGAUUGCUUGUAAAAAUGACUUUAAUCCAUUUGAAAUGGCUUCUUGUACCAAUACUUUAGUGGUAAUACUAUGAAGCAUUGCAUUCAGUGUUGCAUGGCAUUGUUACCAAAUGACUUGCACAGACGGUGUUUCAAGUGCCGACAGCCAAGUCACAAUAGUCAAAGGUGUUCUCUGUGCAGAGGAGAAAAUAAAGUUCUGUUGCACGUGGAUAGCAAACAGAUGAACUUGCUUGCAGUGUUAGAAGUGAGGACUGAUCACAGUGAAAGCUGGACUGGAUUGUUUUGCUUGAAAAAAGGGAAACUAUGCAGUUUAAUUUUUGGAGUAUUAAUAAUGAUGCUAGUGACAGCAUCAUAUAUACUGACUGGAGCUAAACAUGGCCUCUUGCUGAUGCAGCCAGCACUCCAUUAUGGAGCUUUUACUAACAAUUCAGACUUAAUGGACAAUGAAAGCCUCUGUGAUAUGAAAGACCAUUACCAAACAUCUAAAAUGAAUAUUUCAUAUUCAAAGGAUUAUCCAAGCAUUAAAUUAAUUAUUGAUACAAUUGCUACAAACAUUGAGUUCAUAACCAGACAUCUUCCAGAUUUAGAGGAUUUGAAGAAACAAGAGAUGCAUAUGUUCUCAGUAAUUCCUGACAAGUUUCUUCCAAACAGCAAGAAUCCCUGUUGGUACGAAGAAUACAAAGGAAAUACUACUAGAGAUCCUUAUGCUACAAACUCUUAUGCAUUGUAUUCUAAACGUUUUCGGGCAAUAUUUGAUUACCUUAGAAAGGUGUUUUGGAACCAUUUGUAUCACUACAAGGACAAACACUAUCGGCUUCGCUGUCUUCCCCACUUUUACAUCAUAGGCCAGCCAAAGUGUGGAACAACAGACCUUUAUGAUAGGCUCAGGUUACAUCCUGAUGUGAGAUUCUCAGCAAUUAAAGAGCCUCACUGGUGGACAAGAAAGCGGUUUGGGAUAAUUCGUCUGAGGGAUGGAUUUCAUGAUCGCUAUCCUGUGGAAGAUUACCUGGAUCUGUUUGACUUGGCUGCUCAUCAGAUUCAGAGUGUGCUGCAGGGAGACACUGCAAAAGGCUCUAACAACAUAAUUAUUGGAGAGGCAAGUGCUUCAACAAUGUGGGAUAACAACGCUUGGAUUUUCUUCUAUGACAACAGUACAGAAGGAGAGCCUCCAUUUUUAAUACAGGACUUUAUCCAUGCCUUCCAGCCAAAUGCAAAGCUGAUUAUUAUGCUUAGGGAUCCUGUUGAAAGAUUGUAUUCUGAUUAUCUUUAUUUUGCAAAUUCUAACAAAUCUGUAGAAGACUUCCAUGAAAAAGUGGCUGAAUCACUGCAGCUCUUUGAAAAUUGCCUGGUAGAUUACUCCUUGAGAACCUGUAUCUACAACAACACUCUUAAUAAUGCCAUGCCAGUAAGGCUACAAGUUGGUCUGUAUGCUGUUUUCCUCCUGGACUGGCUGACAGUUUUUAAUAAAGAUCAAAUAUUAGUUCUCCGCUUGGAGGAUCAUGCAUCCAAUGUUAAGUUUACUAUGCACAUGGUGUUCCAGUUUCUGGAUUUAGGUGCUCUAAGUGAAAAAGAAGAAGCUUUAAUUACCAAAAGUCCAGCAUCAAACACUAGAAGGCCUGAAGAUCGCAAUUUGGGUCCUAUGUUACCAGUCACAAAGGAAAUUUUACGAGAUUUCUAUCAGCCUUUUAACACAAAAUUGGCUCAAGUUCUUUCUGAUGAAGCUUUUUUAUGGAAAAAGUCCUGAUCGGUUCUAGUCCCACAAAUGCAGUGCUUAGGUUUUCUUGGUUUUUUUUUUUUUUAAACUGUUUUCAGGUGCAAGUAAUUGCCCGUUCUGAAAUCAAGAAAGCCUAUUGCAGUUAAAUCUUUAUCCCCAUGUUUAAGCAUACAAUAUGUCAAAGAAAUGAUAUCAGAUUUGCCAUAGAAGAACAUACAGCUCUGUCAAUCUCUUUUGUAACUUUUCUCUCUCUCAGCAAAAGACAGUGUGCAAAUAGAUUUGAUACGAAGCAAUCUUACAUUCUCUGGUUAUGGUUUUUUAAACAUCAUUUUAAAGCUAAUACAAUACAGAAAUUAGCUCUAGUCACCUAAAAAUGCAAAAUCAUUAUC